CUACCAAAGAAGUAUCCGGAGAGUUCCGAACAAGAUGUAAACUUUUAAAACUGUUUGAAAAUGUAUCGUGUAGACUGGUUCGCCUGUCUAGAUCAAUGUGCAUAUUACAUAUUUCAUAUAUCAUAGAACAAGUAAUUGUCCAAUUAAAAGCUCUUUAAAGAUUGACUUUAAAUUACGAGAAGUGAAGAGUAGAUUUCAUACAUGACAGAAUGAGUGUACCAGCAGAAGAUAGACCACUAAAACGGACUAUACCACCUGAUUUACAGAGAGGGGUAGAAGACAUACAGAUAAAGAUACCAAGAACUACAGGUCCACCAGGAGAUUUAGAUGAGGAGAAGAAAAGAUGGCUGAUUGUUGGAAUAUGUCUACAUUCAAUUAUUUCUCCUCUACUGAGAAAAUAUGUUGAUCCUAUUCUCAGUAACUUGUAUAGUUCACUGGUAUCCAGCAACUCUAUUGAUACACAGAGCUGCAAUGGAUAUCUUAAAAAAUAUCCAGUUACAAAUAUAUAUUAUCUCAACUAUGAAUCAGUCAACAACAACAGAAGAUUGAACAAGAAUUAUAGGAGUUAUGAUUACAGAGUAACAAGCCAUGUGGAUCUGUCGAAGUUGUUUUUACAGCCUAAUAUGGCUCAAUACUCUGGUAUUAAUGAGACUUGUGACUUAUCUGCGCUGCUUGGUUUGAUAAUCAACAUUCAUGACAUCAGUAUAUUUCCGUCAAGUGUACAGACCGAUGCUGAGAAGAUACGAUCAGACAUACGUAAUCCCUGGGCACACUGUGAGUUCAGAGAAUGGACCACUGGCAAAUAUACACAUUCAUUCAAUGCAAUGGGACAACUUGUUAAGGACAUUGGACUAACUAACAGAGAAGAGAACAGGAUCUUGGGAGAACUCAAUACUUGGGCAACAAAUGGUCAACAAUUCCUCAGUGGAACAACACUUGGUUUAGAGAUAGUGGGGGAGCUUCGUCAACAGACACAUGUUCUUAGUAGAUAUGUACAGACUUUGUGUUAUAAAGCAGGUGGUCAGUAUAUCAAAGUGCAAAAAGAAUUAUCAAGAAUAGAAAACGAUUUACAGGAAAGGAUAAAGAAUUUAGAAAGUAAAUCUAUGGAGCAUGAUGGAACAUUAAAUACCUUGAAAGAAAAAAAAAAAAAGCAAGUUGAAGAUCAUAUUCCACCACAUAUUCGAGCUCACCAUAGACAAGAAAUAAGAGAAUGGGAGCAAGACCAAACUACCUUUUUGGAAACCAGAGCAACGCGUCACAUACUAGAAUCUCUACCCUCGCAUAACUGUAUUGUUGUGACAGGAAGCUCGGGUUGUGGUAAAUCUUCGAACAUACAUCAAGCUGCCUUACACUUACGUGACAGUUUGGAAUAUGAAAUUAUACCAGUGUUAACAGGACCAACAGACAUUAUGAAUUAUUAUAAUGAAAAUAAAAAACAAGUGUUUAUUGUUGAUGACAUCUGUGGAAAGGAAACAAUCAACAUGCAGACAUUACAGACAUGGAGAGAUUAUUCAGAAAAAAUGGAGGAAAUAUUUAAAGUUGCAGACAAAGAUGAUGCAAUUAAAAUUCAUAAAAAGAUAUCAAGUUCAAAACUACUGAUUUCUUGUAGACUUCAUAUAUAUAAAGAAUUACAGUUUCAACGUGUUAAAUUGUUCACAAAAAAAGAAUGCAAUUUAUUAUCACGCGAGUUGUGUCUGCAGGAUGAAGAAAGAUUGCAUAUGCUGCGGAGGUACCUUCCAGAUGACAUCAUUACCAAAUUGAAUGUAAAGCAAGUCACAGAGAACUUUUACUACUUUCCCUUGCUUUGUAAAUUGUCAAAAGACAAAACAUUAAAAGAAGUAAAGACACUGUUUAAGUCUCCUUUGGAAAGUAUUAAAAUGAACAUACAAAACAUUAUUCACGAGAACAUAUAUCAAUUUUGUGCUCUUACUCUGACUAUCUUAUUUGGUGGUGAAUUCAAUACAGAUUGGCUGACACAGAUUGAUUUAAAAUCAGCUUCCGAAGCGACAGGAUCGAAGCUUGAGCAAAUUGUUAAAGAAUUUGACAUAGACUUAAGCAAAGAGAGACAUAGAAAUUCUUUAAAAUCUGGUUUCGCAACAUUAAGUGGUACAUAUUUGAAACAAAGAGGCUCUUUGUAUAGAAUGAUGAAUAGAAAAAUCUAUAAAAUAGCAGCUUUAAUCUGUGGACAGCUGCUUACCAAAUGUUUUAUCAAAUACGCGCCUUCUGUAUUUAUUCAGGAUCAUUUCAUCUUUAGAUCUUUAUUGGAAGUCAAUGAUGAUUCAAUUGUAAUAUUUGAAGACCAAGAAGAAGAUUAUUUUGAAAGACUGGUAUGUGACUUAAAGGAGUAUGUCAUUUCAAGUACAUUUAAAAAUAACAUGUUAAGAUAUACGUCAUUUAGGGGGAAGUUAAUUAGCUAUUUGAGGAGAAGUGAUGAAACAAAAUUAUGUUUAAAGAAGAUUGAUACAAUGAGUGGCAAAGAAUCUUCAAAAUACACCCACUGCUCAAGUUCUUCAUUCGUAAGUUCAACAUUUCUAGUAGAUAAACUAUGUUAUGCUUCACCUUUAUUGGAAAUAGCAUCACAUGAUUUCACUGAUUUAGUUAACUUUUUAAUUUCUAUUAAUUUUAAUGUCAAUGUUACAGACCAUUAUGGUAAUUCACCUUUACACAAAGCUUCUAAGGGUGGACAUAUUAAUGUUGUUAAACUUUUAUUAGAGAGCAAUGCUGAUGUAUUUCAAUUAAACAAUGGUGGGGAGUCUGCAUUGUAUGUAGCCUGUGAAGGACUGCAUACAGAAAUUGUGAAUCUGUUUCUUCAGUACAAUGCUAAUGCCUCUGAGUGUAAUAAACAUGGUGAGUCUCCAUUGUUUGUUGCUUGUAAAGGAGGACAUACAAAUAUUGUAAGACUAUUACUGCAGAACAAUGCUGAUGUCAACCAGUUUAGCAAAAUGGGUGAGUCUCCAUUGUUUGUUGCUUGUAAAGGAGGACAUACAAAUAUUGUAAGACUAUUACUGCAGAACAAUGCUGAUGUCAACCAGUUUAGCAAAAUGGGUGAGUCUCCAUUGUUUGUUGCUUGUAAAGGAGGACAUACAGAUAUAGUGGAAUUGUUACUGCAACACCAUGCUGAUUUCUCGAAGUGUAACAAUUCUGGCGAGUCUCCAAUGGAUGUGGCUUGUGCUGGAGGAAACACAGAUAUAGUAAAACUAUUAUUACAGAACAAUGCAAAUGUCUCUCAAGUUAACUAUGUUGGAAAGUUUCCCUUGUAUGUGGCAUGUGAAUCAGGACAUACACAUACUGUGAAAAUGUUACUUCAGAACAAAGCGGAUGUUGAUCAGAGUAACAGUGAUGGGGAGUCUUCAUUGUACGUUGCCUGUAAAAGAGGAUACACAAGUAUAGUAAAAACUUUGCUGCAUAACAAUGCUGAUUUCUCUCAGAGUACCACUAGUAAACGGUCUCCAUUGUUUGUUGCCUGUGAAGGUGGACAUACAGCUACAGCAAAAGUGUUACUGGAGAACAAUGCUGAUGUGUCUCAGUUUACCAUCAGUGAACGGUCACCCUUGUUUGUUGCAUGUGAAGGUGGGCAUACAGAUACAGUUAAACUGUUACUGGAGAACAAUGCUGAUGUGUCUCAAUGUAAUAGUUGUGGACAGUCUCCAUUGUUUGUUGCCCGGGAAAAAGGACAUACAGCUAUAGAAGAACUUUUACUUAUGAACGGUGGUGAUAUCUCUCACGUCAACUUUAGUGGAAAGUUUGUUUUAAAUGUGGCUAAUGUAAGAGGACAUUCAAAUUCUGUAAAAAUGGUACUUCAGGACAAUACUGGUGUUUCCAAAUGUUAUCAUGAGAAAACAUUAGCAAUGGAUACAGUCUCUGAAUUACCAUAUACAGGUUCCUUAUUGUUGACUCCAAUUGUAUGCGAUGGUUAUGCUAUAGAUGUGAUGGUAGACAAAAGGUUGAUUGACUCUCAUAAUGUGAGGAAAAAGACAACUAAAGAUUUCCAGAAGUUAAAAGAUGACAUUGAAGAAGGAAAAAUGAAUGAAUUUCAAAUUUUGAGCUUGGUAUCCACUUUUUUAAAGGAAACAAAGCAACGUUCAUUAUCACCUUACAGAGAAUUGCUUAUUCAUUCUGUGAAGACCAAACAACACAUGUUAUGUAGAUUAACGCUUGCCAAUAUUAUGGAUAGGCAAACACCGUUUUCAUACCUGUUCGAGGCUCUAUCAGUAGCGAUUGACGAAGAAGAAAAUUGUUGUGCAAUGGCAAUAGCUUGGUUUAUAACGAGAACAUUUUUCCUCGCAAACAAAGUUGUUCUCCUAGAUCGCAUACUAGAUAUUUGGCCAGCCUUUAACUGUAAACACAUACUAAAGUCUGAAAAUCUUGUAAUAGUUGUUGAACUGAAGUGUAAGAUGAACAAUGUUCAUGUAACGACUAAAUAUUUUUCAGUUGAUAUUGUAUAUUUGGUAAAUGAGGAUAUUUCUAAAGAAAACACUAACACUGUUAAAUCAGAAGAAUCAAAUGCGGAAGUACUGUUUCCUGAUAACAAACAAAUAACUGGACUGUCUGCAAGGGAUUUGUUUGCAAAACACAGCAAACUGACUCUUAUAAGCAAAUCAUCAUUUCAACAACGUGGUAUUGAAAAGCAAUGUGUUAAUUUAUUCUGUAAAGUUAAAGGGUUCUUACCUGUUGGGGAAAAUGAAUUCCCGAAAAUAUUUUGUGGGUUGCCAACAAAAGUUGUACAAGGGAGCCCAGAAUUUAUGUCUAAGCUUAGAGUUGGAGACAUGAUCGGCACAGAUGAAUUCAAAAAAGGAACUCUCGGAGGAUUUGUAAAGGUAAGGGGGGAUACAGCCUUUCUUACAUGUCUCCAUAUAUUUUUAAAUGCUGAGGAAUUGGCUGCGGAUAAAAUCAGCCUUAAUGAUAAUAAACCUUUGUUGGUAAAAUGCUAUCCAGCCUUUGAAAAAUCAGGUGCCUCAAGCUCACCUUCAUUCAUUUGUGGGAAAAUACGAGAUAUAGCCUUCAAAACCGACAAUCCUGAAUCCACCAGUAUAGACGCGGCAUUGAUUAAAGUAAAGAAAAAAAUCGAGAUGUGUUCAACCGACUAUGUGUCCACUGGUAAUCAGAAUACUAUAAACUAUGAACAAAUAGGUCUUAAAUCGGAUUUUCUAAAUGACAGCUGUAUAGAUUACCGCCAGUUUUGUUUCUCUAAUCCAAAGCGAACAAUAGCCACUGUCUCAGUUGGAGCCAUUUCUCGUAUACCUGAUACAGGAAACUUUAAAGUAGAUUCAGAGGUGUCGAAAAGUAGAAAGCCAUUUGAUGUGGACAUAGAACCGUUUGAUAAGUCAUUUAAUGAUGUGAUUCUGGAAAAUAUGAAAAAAAUGGCCAGUUCUGUAGUCGCAACCAUUAAAAAAACGUUUAACUCAUCUAUACCAUUAGAAAAACAAAUCAUAAAUAUAGUAGAAGGCGAAAGUGAUACAAACUUUUCAAAAGAAACCAAACAAAGUAUUGCUAACAUUGCGUAUGACGUGUAUUGUAAAUCAGAAGCAAAUGGAGGAGGUGAUGCACCACAUGACAUUGAUAAACUACUGCAGACAUCAACAAUAUACCAUACCUCUAGUAUAUUGUCGGGAAUAAUAAGCGAUGUACACAUGCAAAAGACCUUCUUAAAGAUGAGUUUUGACAAAGAAUCUUUUAAAAGAAUUUCACGCAAAAUGUACGGACAAAUCCACAUAACCAAUAUACGAUUUAAGCCUGGAGAUUCAGGAAUGUGCAUCUAUAUGUUUGAUCCUGUUCAAAAGGUUCAAGGCUGUAUUGGAAUGGCGAUUGCUAAUCACCCGCAGAAUGGUUGCAUAGCUACCCCUAUAAUGGAUAUACUGAACUAUUUCAAUAUACGAAAUGAGUCGAUUUAGUAGGUAUUGGGGGGAAAAUGUACAAAUGUGUAUGAACUAAUCUCUAGUGAAGCCAUUCUUCAAAUAAAUGCAGAAGAUAUUUAAAUUAAGGUGGUUCGGGUGCCUUCUUCCAUCUUGGAUUUUGAAGAAGUAGAUAACUUUGGUCUAGAUAUUUGAUGAAAUGUGCAAAUAGUGAGAGUUGUAUGUAAUUUAUGUAAAAGGCAUUUUAUAUAAAUAUAGAAAUUG